GAACCCAGCUCUUUGUUCUCAAGAGGGAUGGGAGAUGCGCAGCAUCCCCCGUGUCCCCGCCCAACUCUCCUCCCCUAUUCCCUCGUGUCCCCGCCCAGUGUAAUCUCGCGGGCGCGCUCCACUGACUGACCACCCGGCGAGCGCUCGGUCACACAGCAGGAGAGCGGGAACGUGCGCGGUCACUGAGAGGCCGGCAGCGGCGUGCAGUGAGGUGUAUGUGGAACACUGCGGCCUGUCAGAUACGGGAGGAUAAGGACAAGUAAGGAGCAGGAUUCAUAUUAAGAAUAUUACAAGAAGUUGGGGGAAAUGGACAUUGCGAUCUGAUGAAGCCAACUAAAGACGUCAUUUCUACCUCUGAUGGAGUUGCAGAAUCUUCUCAUUCUGGAUAAACAAAACUUUCAAUAAGUUAAUUUACAUCUCAUUUCCUAUAUGAUGAGUCUACCAGGAGAGAGAUAUCAGUGCUCCGAGUGUGACAAACGUUGCAGAUGGAAAUCAGAGCUUCUCAAACAUCAGAGGAGUCACACAGGAGAGAGACCGUAUAAAUGUUCAGAAUGCAGCAAAUGUUUUUCCGGGAAGUCGGCGCUUGUUAUACAUGAGAGGAGUCACACAGGAGAGAAACCAUUUAAAUGCUCUGAAUGCAGCAAAUGUUUUUCUUCCAAGGGACAACUUGUUAUACAUGAGAGGAGUCACACAGGAGAGAAACCAUAUAAAUGCUCUGAAUGUAGCAAGUGUUUUACCUCCAAGGUAAACCUUGUUACUCAUCAGAGGAGUCACACAGGAGAGAAACCAUUUCAUUGCUCUGAAUGUAGCAAGUGUUUUCCCAAUAAGUCACAUCUUCUCAGUCAUCAGUGGAUUCACACAGGAGAGAAGCCAUUUAAAUGCUCUGAAUGUAGCAAGUGUUUUACCUCCAGGCUAAUGCUCAUUACACAUCAGAGGAGUCACACCGGAGAGAAGCCAUUUCAAUGCUCUGAAUGUAGUAAAUAUUUUUGUUCAAAGCAACAACUUGUUACACAUCAGAAGAUUCACACAGGAGAGAAACCAUUUCAGUGCCCUGAUUGUAGCAAGUAUUUUUCUUCCAAGCGACAACUUGUUAUGCAUCAGAGGAGUCACACAGGAGAGAAACCAUUUAAAUGCUCUGAAUGUAGCAAAUCUUUUACCUCCAAGCAAAAACUUGUUAUGCAUCAGAGAAUUCACACAGGAGAGAAACCAUUUCAAUGCUCUGAAUGUAGCAAGUGUUUUACCUGCAAACCUCAUCUUGUCAUACAUCAGAGGAUUCACACAGGAGAGAAACCAUUUAAAUGCUCUGAAUGUAGCAAGUGUUUUACCUCCAAACCUCAUCUUGUCAGACAUCAGAGGAUUCACACCGGAGAGAAACCAUUUAAAUGCUCUGAAUGUAGCAAGUGUUUUACCUUCAAGAUAAACCUUGUUAUGCAUCAGAGGAUUCACACAGGAGAGAAACCAUUUAAAUGCUCUGAAUGUAGCAAGUGUUUUACCUUCAAGAUAAACCUUGUUAUGCAUCAGAGGAUUCGCACAGGAGAGAAACCAUUUAAAUGCUCUGAAUGUAGCAAGUGUUUUACUUCCAAGCAAACACUUGUUAUGCAUCACAGGAUUCACACAGGAGAGAAACUAUAAAUAUAGAGAUGUAGAAAAAGUAAUGUUCUCACUUUGUCCUUGGAUUGUCCAACAAUAGAUGGUAAUAAGUUUCCUUUUUUCUCUUACGUCCUAGAGAAUGCUGGGGUCCGUAUUA